AUGGAGCUGUCCUCUAUCCUGAAUCCGGAGACAGAAGCUGAGCGACACGGCUACUCUGCAGAAAGAGCGGAUGAUCCAGAGGGUCCACCCCCGCCUAGGGGUUCCGGGGGUCAUGGAACGCCCUCAGUUGGACGAAAAUACCCCUGCAAGGUUUGUCAACGAGUUUUCUCGACGUCAGGCCAUUUGAGCCGUCAUAUGAAAGUGCAUACCGGGGAACGUAAGUAUGUUUGCCCCUUUCCCGGAUGUAAUGUAAAGUGCAAUCGGUCCGACAACCUACUACAGCAGUAA